UGCCCCACCCCAGCCCCCAACGUCCUGUGUUUCUCGGAAUACUCAACUCACUGGACUGGGAUUAGGCUACAUAAAAAAGACGGGAGCUGAAUGAUUCUUUGUUUUAUUAGUUAUCAUAGGAUUUGAUUUUAAAGCCAAAGGCUAAAUAAUGGUGCAAAGCUUUAGACAGUUUUUACUUCGUAUUUCUGGGGGCAUCGUGAAUGAGCAUUUAUCGAAAAUCAAAUUUUUGUGUAAAGAUCGCCUUUCAGACGCGGAGCUGGAGUCAGUAAAUUCGGCUCAUGAAUUGCUUGAUAAACUUUGUAGUCAAGAAUUGAUAAAAGAGGACAAUACAGAGUACCUGCAAGACCUUUUAAACUAUGUUGGAUUAAAUGUUUUAGCAAGAGAAGUCGAAGAAAACUCGAGACAAACAGCUGCAAAUGAUGAGAAAAAGAAGGCCAAGGGACAGCAAACACCCAAAACCCAAAUGCCAGUUGGAAUUCCAUGUAAAAUACCUAAUUUCGUUGGGCGGGACGACAUUGUCUGCAGUUUGGCUGACGCUGUCUUGGUUAAGAUGAAACGACUGCUGAUUUUAAAGGCUUUGCCAGGAGCAGGGAAAUCUGCUGUUGCAAUACAACUAGCCCAUUAUAUCCUAAAGACACAGCAAUACCAUGGAUACCAAGUGGUAUUUGUUUGUCUCAGGGAGCAAAAAACAUUGGCUUGUGUCUGCAGAGGUAUUUUGCAUGCACUUGAUGUCACAAUUACUGGUGAUCCUGUUUCACAAACUAGGCAUGUGUUGGAAAGACUCUCUCAAGAAACUUUGCUGAUUCUCGAUAACACUGAGGAUAUUCAAAAGUGUGAUAAUGAUUUUGCCAAGUUUAUUCAAUACUUAAGACAAUUUGGCCACAAUUUGCAAAUCCUUUUAACUUCAAGAUUGGAUAUGGAAGAAGUGAGCUUUGACUUUUCAGAGAAUCUUCCUCCGCUAGAUAUUGCGAGUGCCACUGACUUGCUAAUAGCAAUGACAGAAGGAUCACACCAAAUACAAAACCGAAAAAGUGCAGCAGAACUUGCAGAGUAUUGUGGGCAGAUGCCCCUUUUGAUUGAAAUUGCUGCUAAACUUGUAACUUCAGGCUUCAACCCUAAAAUGCUUGCAGAAACAAUGAAGAAAGACUUAUACAAGGUUCUUAAUCAAAGAAGCUACCAAAGGGUUGUUCAAACUGUGCGCUGUUUACUUAAAUGUGUAGGAAAGGAAAGUUGUAUAUCAUUAAUCAAACUUUCAAUGUUUUCUUCAAAAUUCAAUGCCAAAAAGGCAGAAUUUCUAUUCAAAGAUGUUACUGACUGCAAUUUUCAAAUGUGUUACCUGAAUAAGAAUGCAUUGAUACAGAAUGAAAGUGAUGGCUGGUACAGCCUACACCCUCUCAUUCAGACCUUCUGUCGAGAGGAAAAAGAACAGCUUGGCUGUCUGAAUGAGGGAAGAGAAGCAGAGAGAAAAUUCAAUGAGCACCAAUUAGAGUUGCUUCUUCACAUUCACAAGAAGUUUGUAAGUAGAUCCGGUAAAGAAGCUAUGCAAGAAUUUUUUGACUCCAUCCUGAAUAUUAAACAAGCCUUGAAAAAUUGUCUAAAAAAGGGGUGUAUUGAAAUGAAGAAAAAGUGUAUUGACACCUUCAACGAUUGUGUCAACACUUUAGGAAAGGUCCUGAAUCCUAAUGAAUGUCUUAAACUCUAUAAAAAGCUUCACAAGAGUGCAGUGGAGAUGAAAGAUGAAAAGCGAGUGAGCGAAUGCCUCAUUUCUGUUGGUUUCCGUCAUAUGUGCGACAAAGGCCAUAGAACCUAUUCAGAGGAUGCAUUUGGAGUCUUAAAAGAUGCUUAUAAUCUUCAGAAAAAACUACGGCUUCACAAGAACCCUUCUGAGACAUUAGCCCACUGCUGCAGCAAACUUGGCCUUUGCUACAUUCUGAAGGGCGAGCGUCAUGAAGGACUUAAACUGAUCAAUGAUGCUCUAACAAUGAGAGAGGAGAUUGGGGAUCAAGUGCUUAUUGCUGCAAGCUACUGUGAUAAAGCAAGUAGCAAAAGGUUCUCUGGGGAACACAGCAGUGCAAUUUACAUGCUAAAACAGAACUGCUUGGGAAGGUACAAGGAAUCUCUUGGCGACCAUCCUUGGGUGGCCACAAUCCACAGCUACAUUGCAGAUUCACACAUUGCUCUUGGAGAGAUGGACGAAGCAGUCAAGCACAGACGAGAAGCUUUACGAAUCCGACAGAGUUUCCUUGGUGAUCAUCUCGACACAGCACGCAGCCUUGGCAACCUUGGGAAGUUGUUAUGUGAGCAGGGUGACUUUGAGGGAGCUCGGGAAGCCUAUGAAAAAGCUUACACGAUCCAGAAAAGACUAGACAUGAAUGAAGAAACUGUCGCCACGUUCAGUGCGCUAGCAGACGUCUAUGAGAAACUAGGAAGACCUGAGGAGUCUGAGGAUUUAAGAAUAAUAAUUUCUACUGUAGAAGACCAACUCCAGCAGAGGCGUCUCUACAUGAGGCAAGUUUCACAAGAGAUAAAGAAACGAACAAUGUCAAUUGCUGCCUCAAAGAAAUACAAGAAGUGGUCAUCCCUCCUUGUAGUGGCUAUUCUUGUUCUGGUGGCUGCUAUAGUUGCAGGCUAUUGGAUAAGAACAAGUCAGCACAUUACAAACUAUGUACUACAAACUUGGAGAUGAUUUGGCAAUUAUAGAUCGGUCGGUCAGUUUCGCCAUAGCCCUAGGAUAAAUUGGUAGGUUCCUUUAAGCUAAAUUUUGCCUGCUUAAUGCUUGCUUAUCAGAUUUUUCCCAGAUUUGUGCAAUUCUAUCGACAACUCAGUCUUCCUACGUGACUCAAAGUGUUUUGCGUUUCCCUUUCAAUGUAUAUAUACUAGACAGACCGAACGAACAAGUACAAUAAGUGAUACAGACAGUAUUUGCUGAGGGAGGGGGGGCAGACAUACAUAUCAGAAUAAGCAAAACUUUCGAAAUUUCUUGGCAAUUCUUCUAUGAGAAAAGACACCUUAACGGUUUAGCUUCCUCCGCAGGCAUCUCAAAGACCAGAAAAAGAAAUAAAAAAGGAUUGGGUUUCCUGUGGCAAAAAACGGAAGUGACAAACCGGAAUUCCCUCUCUACUUCUCCUUAGUCUCACUCAUCCGCAAUUUCGCCACAGGUAACCCAUUCUUUCCGUCCUUUUCAUUAUGAGUUGCCUGCGGAGGAGGCUAUUAACGGUUAAGGGUGGGACGCCCCCUAAAGCCAGACUUAGCUACGCUUCUGCCUUACCUUAUCAGCGCCAGUCUUAUCUGUGCUUGAGACAUCACGUGGUGCCCGUACAACAGUUUAACACAGCGACCUGGCCUCGCUGGGAUGGGAUGGGAUUCAACUCAGCUCUCCUCUUUCUAAUCUUUUAUCUCUACAGAAGCUUUCCUAAAGAAGACUUGAUAAAUAAGAAAAAUGUCAGAC